CCACUUUCACAUUAGCCCUCUUUGUUUUUUUCACUUUCUUUUCCCAACUCCCAUCUCUGCCUUCGCACCUUCAGAUUUACACUCAGCUGCUGCUUAAAGCUUGUAUCUUUCCCUUGCCCACGAUUCCUGAUUUUCUCAAAAUCAACAACCAAGUUUUGAUAAACUGGAAAUGGGAGCUGCGGUUGCCAAAAGUUCGUCUGCGAGGGGUGCAGUGCCAGAGUCGAAUCUCGAGGCCAGAAUACUCGAGGCAAUGCGUAGACGAGAAGCUAAAGGCUGUAGUAUCAAGUCCUUCAAUAGCAUCAUUUUGAAGUUCCCCAAAAUUGAUCAGAGCUUGAGAAAAUGCAAAGCUACAUUCGAAAAUUUUGAUGAGGAUGGGAAUGGUGUAAUUGAUCCACAAGAGCUGAAGCACUGCUUUGAAAAGCUAGAGAUCAGUCUCACUGAUGAGGAGAUUAAUGAUCUGUUUGAUGCGUGCGAUAUAAGCGAGGCCAAGGGGAUCAAGUUUAACGAGUUCAUAGUUCUUCUUUGCCUCGUCUACUUUCUCAGGGAAGAUCCAGCUGCCCACCAAUCUAAGUCGUGGAAGGGGAUGCCGAAUCUGGAUUCUACAUUUGAAACACUAGUGGAUGCAUUUGUGUUUCUGGACAAGAACAAAGAUGGGUAUGUGAGUAGAAAUGAGAUGGUUGAUGCUAUAAAUGAAACUACUUCAGGCGAACGAUCCUCUGGAAGAAUUGCCAUGAGGAGAUUCGAAGAGAUGGACUGGGACAAGAAUGGAAUGGUUAACUUCAAGGAAUUCCUUUUUGCUUUCACUCGUUGGGUCGGCAUUGAAGACGCUGAUGACAAUGACAGCGACAAGGAUGCAGAGAACGACAGCAGCGACAAUGAUGCAGAGAACGAUAACUGACCUUCACAAUUUCAUCAUUUCAGCAGAUCGUUUUCUGGUCCUGUUAUCUAUGUUGUACAUAAACCUUGUUCAACUAGAACACAUCCUUAGUGCCACAAAAGGAUAUUCCACCUUUUGUAAAACUAGCCAAUGUUGUAUCUCUUGCUUCUUUUUUUUUUGCUUGAAACUCAGAUUCCAAGGCAUGACUGUAUGUUGAAUUUCUGAUGAGAUGAAAUGAAAUGAGGAAAUUGGUAAUA